UUAAACUAGCAAAUGCUGCUUUUGCCAUGUUUUCCUUCCACCAGCGCCAUAUAUUGAGAGCGAUCUGCCCGCUGUUUGGCAAAUGUAAGCGUAAAUGACGCGCGUACCUGCUGCCGGUGAUCGCUCAGCCACGUUAUGGCGAAUUAAACCCCUCGCCUUCUGCUAAUCUGCUGUUUGUCUGCUCAGUAUCAGAACGAUUAGAAAGCAUUAUUCUACAUGGUGGCAGGAGGUGCUGUCUCCCACGCCUUCGCCCUCCUCUUCCUCCUCCCUCCUUCAUUGGUCCAUUCAGCAUCUUCAGCACCAACGCCAACUGAACAGCGACACUCAGGAGCGGCUCCACCACCGCCGGAUCCUUCCUCCUUUCAUCGGCUGAAAUGCCUCAGAACAUCUGCGACGCUCAACGACUCUGUCUCUAAUCGACUCGGGUGGAUUUGUACGUCGCUGUCCGCGCCACAGAUGCUCCGUUCGGCUUCUUCUGCCGCGCCACUCUCCCGGUAUGUCGGAUGGUGAAGCCGGCGGCUGCAUCUCAUGUGCAGUGCCGCAUCAACAACCGCGCCGGGUCCCCCUGUUGGAGCCCCGGUGUCCCCUGCCCUGCCUUCGCCUCUGACAGGCAAGAAGAAAAGGAGGAGAGGUUCCUGGGAGACAGGUGGGUUGGGUGCUCCACCAUCCAGCAGAGAUUACAUCACAUCACCUCUGUCCUGCUCCACCUGACGCCUUACCAUAACAGUGGCAGCGUCCACCUUCGCCUUAGAAUCUGAUGCCCAGCUUUGUUGUCCUGGUCCCCGUCCAGUCCCAGUCUCCCCGGCUCACCUGGCUGCUCCUGACCAUCACCUUCACCUGCAGCGCCAUGGGCUGCAUCCAGAGCAUCGCCUGCAACAAGUCGCGUAUCAAGCGGGAGAACAUUGUGGUGUACGACCUGCUGGCCGCCAUCGACCACUGCCCCACUGUCAUCGAGGAGAACUCACCCAUUGUGCUGAGAUACAAGACCCCCUACUUCAAAGCCUCGGCGCGGAUUGUCAUGCCACCGAUUCCACGCAAUGAGACGUGGGUGGUGGGCUGGAUACAGGCUUGCACUCAAAUGGAGUUCUACAACACCUAUGGAGACACCGGCAUGUCGAGCUGGGAGCUUCCCCAGCUCAGAGAAGGCCUGGUGCGGGCCAUCAGCGACUCUGACGGCGUCAGCUACCCUUGGUACGGGAACACCACUGAGACCGUCACCAUCGUGGGCCCGACCUCCAAACCCUCCAGGUUCAUUGUGAGCAUGAACGAUAACUUCUACCCGAGUGUGACCUGGGCGGUGCCGGUCAGCGAGUCCAACACUCCUCUGCUGACCCACAUCAAAAGGGACCAGAGCUUCACCACCUGGCUGGUGGCACUCAACACCACCUCCAAAGAGAAGAUCCUACUUCACACCAUCAAAUGGAGAAUGAGGGUGGACAUCACCGUGGAUCCGUCCUUGCCUCUGGGCUCCAGGGCCCAUUUGGUGGGCCGCUUGCAUCAAGACCAGCCGCGGGUACUGACCCGCAUGGAGCCCAUUCCCCUAAACGCCAUGGUAAAGCCCAAUGCCAAUGAUGCCCAGGUGCUGAUGUGGAGACCACGGAGAGGUCCCCCACUCGUCGUCAUACCAUCCAAGUAGUGUCCACACGAUAUCGGUGGGAACCAGGAUCAGAACCAGCCUGAGUUUGAUUUCACGAGGGGACGUCUGCCUUAAUUCCCCACUGCGGCCUUUGACCACGCAGAGUUAAUGUCUGUCUCUACUUCUGGUGCUGUUGAGCCGAGCGUGAAGUGGUGGACACCGGUACUGUAGCUACUCAGGCCCAGACCAGCUUAAAUAGUUCUACAGCCUUAAAGACACAGAGAUAGUUCUCAAGCCAGUUCUGGCCUGAUCUCUACUGUCAAGGUACCACUGAGGCCCUUUCACAACAGUUGUGAGUGACAGCUAAGAGUUUGUUCUUUGCAAAAAACAAAACAAAAAAAUCACAAAAUAAAACACAUAAAAGCCAUUUGAUAAUUCAACUCAGUGAAUGACACAAAAAAAACAGUGAAAUUGGUUUCCAAGAACAAAUUGAGGGGAGGGGUGUGUAUGGACCUGGGCCUCACACAGUCGACCCCAGACAUAGGAUGGAGGCUCCAGUCAUUGAAACAUUUAUUUAGGAUUCCCAGGCACUGGAAGGGUGUGAAGCGAGCAUGAACCUAGAAUUCCACUGCGACCUUUAAUCUUUUGACCUUGGAAUGACCUUUCAAUCAUUCAUUUUCUUGGGAUAUGCCAGGGUCACAAGGCAAGGACACCAUGCACAGAUUCAUACCUACUGACAAUUUGACAUGCAACCUCCGAAUGUUCCUCCCAACCUGUUUGCCACAAGCCACGACACCAACCCAGGUGUGUUGAUUCUGGCAAGACAGUACUGCGCCCACAGGGGGAGCGUUCUCUUUGGUAACUUCCCUUUAUUACUUAAGAAACCUGAUGUUCGGCCUGAUAGGGCUGAGGAUGAGUUGAAGAUCAAGAGUGGCUUUUAUGAGUUUGUGACUUUUUGAAAAUGAAAUGUUGGAGUUUGUACACUAAAGGGGGAAAGAGAGCCAGGGUUGGAGUCCAGGCUUGCUGCUCUGUCACAUUAGUCUGCCUCAUUUCUCCACACACACCUCAGACCACAUCACACUGACCUACAUCCAGAACCAUGACCUCAAACCACUGCAGUUUACGGGGCGGUGAUGUGACCUUUCACCUUCCGGGUGGUUCACAAGGACGACUUGUAGGGUCACCUCCUGAACUGCUUGGAUGAACCAGGAUGAUUUUGUAUUCAGAAGUUUGUUGUUCGUGUCAAAGAUUGAACUGAUGACUGAAAUACCUCUGGACGACUUUGAACCCCCAGUUUUCACUGUCUGGUCAAACCCUUCAGGGCACACUUAAGUGUUCAUUUUUAAAAUCUGGAUGAAUGAUGUUGGAGCGGUGGCAGGAGAGGAAUGCUCACAUUCAUUCACUCAUUUCAUGCAGCCACACAACGACUGCUGGGUCAUUGAGCGUAUUGAUUGUUGUUACCUCAAAGGCACAUUUGAGGAUGGUGAUGUUCCAUAACAACACAACAUGAAACACAGAGGGGCAUCUGAGGAUACAGUAAUGCACUUGGGAAGACGGAUAAUUGUUCAAUACAUUUGUCUUAAGAGACAAGUGACUUAUACAAUGCAUGUUUUUGACUGAAACAUGAAUUUGAGGAACAAUAAUGCUUAUGCUAAACUGGAUCUAAAGUAACUAUUUGACUGGAUCUGUUUUCUCCAUUUGGGGAUCAAAUGAUAAUAUAUUUCAAUAUGAAACUUUUUCAUCGUCGUUGAAUGUAGUGAGGAUGAAAGAUGCCAUAAAUUCUCCAGUGUUAGGACGGCAGAUGCAGUCGCAUGUUACUAAGUUCAGAGAGUUAAGAUCAAGACAUACUGUAAUUUCUGGACUAUUAAAGCCCCCGAAUAUAUUCUGCAUCCACUAAACUGAAGUAGAAAAUAUACCUUGUACACAGUUAAGCUACACUGGUCUGUAGAUCCCAGGUUCAAGCUCUGGUGGAAAACCAGAGCAGUGGUGGUAUGCACCUGCCGAAAACAGCACGUUGAGCACUAAUGUAAAGAAAAUACAGGUGAAUUCAUUUGUCUGAGAUGAAGCCUGUUCGCCGAUAAAAACCCAUAGAUUAACCGUAUCACUGUUAAAGCCGCAGGGUUAAGAGUGUGUGAAAAAAGUAGCGGCUUACAGUGCAGCAAGCGAGAAUUAUGGAUUUGACAAUCAAAUUAUACAUUUGAGGAUCAAAGGAACUUCUGAAAGUCACAGAUAACAUUAAAUAGGUUAAACAAAAGACACAUUUAACAUGUUUGGGAAAACACAAGAGCAUCCCAGAAGCAUUGUCCAGUUAUACAUUUCAGAGCCAAGAUUUGCCUUUAACGGACAAGUUGUUCAACUCAAGUGCGUUUGAAUGUCAAGUGAUUUACACACCGUUUUGGGGGCAUGAUGAAGAUCAAAGGAAUCACGAGAUUGAUGAAAAUGAUGAUCAAAAAAUACCCAUCUUUGACUCAAGAGAAAAUUAGGAAUGAAAUUAAAAAUAAAAGGUAAAGCACACACGAUUCAUAUUAAGAGGUGCAUUUGUAAGCUACAUGUCAGUGGUCAUCUGAGAAUUGAGUUCUAAAAGAGUAAAACUGGACUUUUCCAAAUCAUUUCAGGAUGAAUCGUCAGUGGAGUGACACAAAUCUUGGACAUAUGUCAAUUACAGAAUUGUAACAGCAAAGCAGGGACUUAUGGAGCAACUUAGGUAAAGAAUCAAGUAUUUCGGGAUGACAUUCACUGGAGCUUGGCAGCAAGAAGAAAAUGUUGCGCAUCUCAUGUCCUGACAGGAGUUUGAGGAUUACCCAUCGCUCGUAUGGAUCCACACACUUGAGGAUCCUGUUAAGAAUGAGUGGAGCUUGAGUGUGUAACACUGAUGCAACAAUGCAGAGUCAAUGAAUGAGUUCUGUGUCCUGAUGUUCUCAUUGGUCAACAAUUGAAAAGAGUGUGUAUUAUUGAUCUCAUAUUUCCGCACCGACUGAAGCGAUAAAGGAGGUUUGUGUUGAUGACAAGAGAAGAUGUAACCACAUAACCGUCACCCCGCCGCCGCUCACUCCUCACACCGUUACACCUCAUCUUGACUGGAGCUGCUGCUCGUGCAGAUCAAACAUGUAGCGAUGACACAGUCAGCGAGGCUUCAAGAGGAAACUGACAAUCAUGGAGCAGAACCUUCAAAGUGGACACACAAACCCCCUUUUUUUGCAGGUUCCAGCGGAAAAACAAAAUUCCCCCAAUGAGACUUGUAUUUUUACAGUCUGGUCGGUCUGCUAACGUGCCUGAGGACGGAGGUGUCGGUCCGACUGACAUCUUGGAUCUGUGCUGUGUUACAGUCCUGCCUCUCUGACUGUUUUGCAUGCAGUGUUUUUAGAUCAUUAAAAUAAAA